GCCCUCCCCAGCCCGCCGCGGGGAAGACAGCCCGGGCGCCGGCGGGCGGCCGCGGCGUCUGACAGACCACUACAGACCACGGGCGGAGGCCCAGCGCCCGUCCGCAGCGCGGCCGGCAUGGCGGCGCCGAGGAGCCCCCCGCGGGCAAGGGAGCGGGAACGGUCUCGCGCCCCCGCUGCAGGAAGUGACCAAGUUCAUUCCUGGACGCUAGCUACAAGCCAAGCCUUAGACACUAUCUGGAGAAUGGCAAAAGGCUUUGUUAUGUUGGCAGUUUCAUUUGUGGUGGCUUCCAUCUGCUACUUCAGGAGGCUACAUUUAUAUUCAGGGCACAAGCUGAAAUGGUGGAUUGGAUAUCUGCAGAGAAAAUUCAAAAGGAACCUCAGUGUGGAGGCAGAAGUUGAUUUACUCAGUUACUGUGCAAGAGAAUGGAAAGGAGAGACACCCCGUACCAAGCUGAUGAGGAAGGCUUAUGAGGAGCUAUUUUGGCGGCAUCAUAUUAAAUGUGUUCGACAAGUAAAGAGAGACAACUAUGAUGCUCUCAGAUCAGUGUUAUUUCAGAUAUUCAGCCAGGGCAUCUCUUUUCCAUCAUGGAUGAAAGAAAAGGACAUUGUUAAGCUUCCUGAAAAACUGCUGUUUUCACAAGGUUGUAAUUGGAUUCAGCAAUACAGUUUUGGUCCUGAGAAGUAUACAGGUUCGAAUGUGUUUGGAAAAUUACGGAAAUGUGUGGAAUUAUUGAAAACACAGUGGACUGAAUUUAAUGGAAUUAGAGAUUAUCACAAGAGAGGAAGUAUGUGCAACACCCUUUUUUCAGAUGCCAUUCUGGAAUAUAAACUUUAUGAAGCUUUAAAAUUCAUCAUGCUCUAUCAAGUCACUGAGGUUUAUGAGCAAAUGAAGACGAAAAAGGUCAUUCCCAGUCUUUUUAGACUCCUGUUUUCCAGGGAAACAUCCUCUGAUCCUUUGAGCUUCAUGAUGAAUCACCUGAAUUCUGUAGGCGACACGUGUGGACUAGAGCAGAUUGAUAUGUUUAUACUUGGAUACUCCCUCGAAGUAAAGAUAAAAGUGUUCAGACUGUUCAAGUUUAACUCCAGAGACUUUGAAGUCUGCUACCCAGAGGAGCCUCUCAGGGACUGGCCAGAGAUCUCCCUGCUGACUGAGAACGACCGCCACUACCACAUUCCAGUCUUUUAAGUUGGCUGGGGGCAGAACAGCAGUAGUGACAGUGGUCACAGUCGCAAAUAAAGUUUCUCUCUGAAACCAAAGCUAGCAUUUCAGCAUGGAAGGAAUUAGGACCUUUUCCCAAGACUACAGGUACACUGGAUGUAGCAAUACAUGGUUGGUUUUCCUUUAUUUUUCAGUGAUUUCCUCCGAAGCAGCUGCACUGAUGUAUUUGGGUGUUGGUGGCUUGACUUUGUUCAUUAGAGGCGUGGUCACUUCACAGGAUGGAGGGCCUUUAAGAGCACAAAGAAGUUUAAUAUGGACAACAACGGAAAAAGCAAAAAGAAAACAAGUAGGGAAAAAUGGCUAUCCUGGAAAGAAAGAAUCUCUUUAACCUUUAAGUUCUUCAUUAAAAAUCUUAUCUUGGACUGAUUUGGGGGAUUUUUAUAAACAUGGCCUUAUUUUAUAAGCAUUACCUUCCCAGGAAUCUUUAUUGUAUAUUGAUUUUUGAUAACCAUUUGAUUAAAAUUGUGUGUGUGUAUAUGUAUAUAUAUACCCAUAUGUAUGUUUAUACACAUGCGUAUCUAUGUAUAGUUUUAUAUAUAUAUAUAUAUAUAUAUAUAUAUAUACACGUAGACAUACAGAGAAAUAACCACUACUUUAUAAUACUGUACAGUUUGUUUUAUAUCUCUUUACAUUUUUUUGUUACUGUUUUCUCUGGCCAGCUUAACAGUUUUAUUUAGACAGAAAAAAAGAUAAAUUCUAUAGAUUAAAGCAAAUGACAGUUAUUGAACUAUCACAGAAAUAUUAAACUGUGGUAUAUUUAAUGUGUGGAAUCUCAUUAUGGUAGGCAGAAUAAUACCCCAUGCUCCCCAAAGAUGUCUGUGUCUGAAUCCUUAGAGCCUUUGAAGGGCUAAAUGGGUUAAAUGGGAAAGGAGAAUUAAGGUUGCAGGUGGAACUGAGGUGCUAAUCAAUCCACUGAUGUCGAAAUAGGGAGAUUUUUCUGGAUUCUCCAGGUGGGCCUAGUGUAGUCAGAAUGGUCCUUAAAAGUGGAAGAGGGAAUUGGAAGAGUGUCAGAGUCAGAGGGAAAUGUGAAACGCAUCACUGCUGACUUUGAAGAUGGAGGAAGGGGCCAUGAGCUAGGGAGUGCAGGCAGCCUCUAGAAUUGAGACUGGCAAGGAAACAGAAACUUCCCCAGAGCCUCCAGAAGGAACACAGCGCUGCCAACACCUGAUUUUAGCCCAGUGAAGCCCAUGUUGGACCUCUAAUCUGCAGAACUGUAAGGUAAUAGAUUUGUGUUUAAGCCACUAAGUUUGUGGUAAUGUGUUAUAGCAACAGAAAACUAGUAUUCCCAGGCUAGUUUUUGGUCAUCUUUAUUUUGGAAAUACUUUUCCAGUUUAAUUUGAUAAUCUUUAUUUUGGAGGUACUUUGCUAGUCUUUUAGUACAUAAACAUAAUUUUAAAACUCUUGCUAAUUAUAUAUUACUUCAAAGUCACAAAUCCCUUUCUAAGAAUGACUUACUUCAUGAGAUACUUAGAACUAGCAUUUUUCCCAGGUGUUCAUAUUAUUUCUGCAAUAAAUUAAAAAGGUGUGUGUUAAAUGCUGUCACGUCUGAAAUUAACAUUCAUACUCUUUUGCAAUGGGGAUGAUCAGUCGUGUGUGCUACAUGAACCCUGUCUGAUAGUAGCUUGUUCCCACUGUCAUUUUGUUUUCUGGUUGAAGAUUAAUGGGCUCAGCUACACAAAGAGUUCUUAAUUGACCUCUAUGGUCCCUGCCUGUUUGGAAACAUCUAUGGUUUUGCAUAACCCCUGACACUGAAUUGACAGUAUUAGAAGAUAGUCCCCGGAUGUAGUACUGUAACCAAGAAAGCAUGAACACUACCCUUUCUGGCAACAGCCUGCCAUGCCUGCUGUGGCUGAUGCCUAUAGAAUUGCUGCUCCAAAGUUUUGGCUCCACUUGAGCUGUGCAGGAGCCUACCUGGCAUUUGUGCAUUACCACUCACCUUGGAUCUCCUUACCAAUGUAAUUAUUUCCACAUCAGUCCAGGACUGAAAGGAAAAAUGUUUUCACCGGGAUUGGCAGCCUGUAGCUCCAUGAUCUCAGUCAGGCCUUCAUGUUGUGUUGUGGGGCAGGGUGGCGAGGGGGCAGGAAUUCUUUAGAGAACCAAGUGGUGAAAAAGAUUUCAAUCCAAUGAAAGUAAAAAGUAAGAGGACAUUUAGAUAGUUGCUAUAUUUUGGGAAGGUAUCAUAACAGGUUUAUAGGGAGGAGGUAUGAGAUGUUGCUUUGUUUUUAUUCAGUUGUGUAAUGAAUAUAACAAGUAGCCAGAAGGAGCUUCAUAUUAAUUAGCACCAUUUUUAAAUGUCAACAGUAAAUUUGAGGUGAGCUUCCUGUGUGAUGCCGACUUCUAAAUGUCUUUCUAACCUUAUAUGUUUUAAAUGGUGAGAGAACCAUAGCAAAGAUAAAAACAUAAUGUCCUUGUCCUUUUAUGAUUUUAGGAUAAGUUUCUCUCUUAAAUUUUGGCCUUACAUGUCCAUACUGAGGGGUUGUAUGAAUAUUAGUACAAAGCUGACUUUUACUGUGAUAAAAUAUGCAUAACAUAAAAUUUAUAUUUUAACAAUUUUUAAGUGACAGUGGCAUUAAACAUAUUCACAUUGUUGUGCAGCCCUCACCACCAUCCACCCUCAGAACUUUAAAAUCUCCAAGACUGACUUUUUUCAUAGCAGGCAACUUUAAUUCCCCAUGUGAUACCUGGAUUCCUUUUUCUUUUCACGCUUUUUAUUAGAAGGGUGUUAACCUUUCUAAUCUGAGUAUUUCCUCUGGGCUUAAAAGGUCCUCAGUGGAGAAGUACAACCUAAGAGGGAGUUAGGCGACCAAAUGGAUCAGGAAAAUUGUGUUUAUCUCCAAAGUAAAGUGGUAAUUAUGGGUGGCUUCUGGGCUCAACUUGGAACAUUAUCACUGGAAAGUCCCCAAGAAACUAUUAAUUCAGAGCCACCCUGAUGACUUAAAUUUCUUGAAUGUCUUCAUGGUCUUGAACCAAAGUCAUUUCCACCCAACGGGGAGUCAGGUGAAAGUCCCCAGGGCCCUCUCUAGGGGACAGGAGACCUGCGGAAUAAGCUGGUGGAGGAAUGGGCUCAACCUCCAGGAGGGAAGAGCAGCCCAGAUCAGGGGGCAUUAACAUUAACAUUAAUUAACAUUAACAUUAAUUCCCAGGACUUUUCUGCAAAUGGGUGUUGGAUGGAAAUAUUUGUUGUUCUCAAUCAGAUGAGUUUCUCUUAUUUUAGUGAGACUAAAGAAAGACAAUUUUAAUUCUGUCUAAGCUGGUCUUGGGAUGGGAAAAAAUAACUUUUUUGAAUGCUUAGGAGAUACUGGAAUUCCACAUCAAAGUAUGUAACUGUUUUUAACUGAUGACUACGCAAUAUGUGAAAAUGUAUACAAGCAUGAAUAUAGGGAUGACUGAUUCCAGAAUUAGCAAUAAUUUUCCUUUAAAUAGCAAAUUCCUAAAGCUGUAUGAUUCUGUUUGCAAGGAUGUUUUCCAUACUGCUUAACAAGAACAGUUACUGUGUAAAAUAAAGAAUAUAUAUAUACAUAUAUAUAAAUGUAUUUUCACGGAUCUGAAACUUUAACUGUGUAUAGGAUUGCUUGUCAUAGUUGAACAUUAUUUAAUUAACUUAUUGAUUAUAUGGAGGUAUAUUUUUCUCUAUAGCCAUUCACUUUUUUAAAGUUUUAAUUAUUUUAACUGACAAAUUAGCCAUUCACGUUCCUUCAAAUCCUAUUUUUAUCACAAUGUCCAUUUUAUAGCUAGACAAAAUUUUGGGUCCCAAAUGUACAAUCACUUCUAUGUUAUUUGUUCAGAAUAGUGAACCUUUGCUUAAUCACUUUCGUUUUAAUCCCAUCAUAUUCUUUUGGGCCAAGAAAAUGAAAGCUCGUAUGGAUUAUAUUUAUGCUUAAUAUCAACAUGGUUUGUAAGCGGACAGAAAAACCACUCCCUCACAUAUUUAGCCACCCAUGGACUGGAGUGCUCUGUAGAACAGCCUGAAGUAUACACUGUCUCCGUACUUGAAGCUUAUGGAAUGUGCUGGAGGAGACUUGAGCUCUGUGUGGAGACAGUGUGGCCCAAGAGCCAGCAUGGAGGAGGGCUGUGUGAGCAGACUGCUGUAGAAUGCUAAAGUUAUAAUCCUAGCUGGUGUCUCGUUCUGUUUAAAAAAUCAAAUUUCUUUAUUUAAGUGAUGUAUUGUUCCUUAUAGUAUCAUCGGGUCUUAGAUUGUUAAGUCAUUUUGCUGCCACCACUGAAUCUCACUCACUUAUUUGUAAUGAUUCUUGGGAAGUUUAGUCAAGGGAGUAUCUAUAAAUAAAGAAGUACAUGUUUUAAAUAUUUUUGUCAUAGUCUAGAUGGGUUGUAAAACCUAUUUCUACACGAGUAUAAAUUUGAAACAGAAACGUGUAGAUGUCAGCGAUCAUCUUGAUUUUGUUUUGCUCAUUCACAAGUUUGAAAAGGUACAUGAGGCACCAAUCAGUGACACUGGAAUGCUUUAAGGAUGGUUUGUGACUUUACCUGGAUUGGGCCUUAUCAUUCGUCAACAAACUUAUUGGGACAAACACAAGUGGCUGAGAUUCUACUGGCCCCAUUUCUUGUCAUCUCUGCCAUCUCCAAAGACAGAAUCUGGGAAACAGCUUGGAAACUGCUUUAAGUCCACGUCAGGUCAUGGCUUCAUCCACUGCCCAGCAUGUAGCUGGACUUCCUUUGGGUGCUGGCUUUUCUGCUGGACCAAGAGCUUCAUGGAGAAAGCACCAGGGCAAGGCUGACAAUGAAGGAGAGGACCGGAAAAGCUGCUUGUGUGUGGUGGAAGUUUCAGUGUAAUGCGAUUCCAAGUAGGCACAUCUGUAAUUCAAUUAAAUAAAAAGGGGCAGAGAUGAGGGGAUGCCUGGUGAAAAUGGCAUUUGUUGUAACCUCUUGGUAUCAUCGUGGGUAAGUAGGAAAGACAUAUAUUUACAUCUCUCUUAUGAAAAGCUACCUUUAGCCAUAGAUAAACAUUAAAAGGAAGACUCAGCCCCAUACUAUAUUUGAUCUAUAGUUAACUCAUCUAUCAGCAAAUGGUUAAGUAAGUUAAAUUAACUUUUAACAUUUGGUGUGUGUUUCACAGCGUAACAAUGAAGUGCUCCAAGCUGCUUGUGAGACCAGUUACAUUAGUAGUUGAAUUUUGGACCAUUCCUCCUGUUUGUCUUUACAAGCAAAUUGAAAUGAUGUGCUGUUUUUUGUACUAGACAGAAGGACACAUCACAGAUCCUCUUUUUAAAGCAGGAAAUAAAGUGACUUCUUCCUUUUGAAAUAUCA